AUGGAAACCCCAAUGCUACCUGUAAGAUUCUACACCGACUUUAUCCUCACCUAUACUCCACGGGAUGAUGAAGGAAUGCCCAUGCCACCUUGGAUGGACGCGAUUCCUCCGGUUCUACCGUAUGCCAUUGGACGUGGCUCAACUUGGUAUGCCGCCGACCUAAACAUGGCUAUCGAAAACUACACUGACUACUGCGUACCCAUCUUCAAGCCGGCCAGCUACUUUCCCUGCGCCUUCGUCAACGUCAAUUCCACGGCCUACCUAGUCUCCCCAAAGGAGUACGGCUAUGGUCCAUGCUGUGUCUACCGACCAAACUGGUCAAUUCCACAUCGGGAUUUUAUGCGGGCGUUUGCGGAUCAUUACAAUGGAUCAACGGAGAGCGUGGGUCAUGGCGUCCUCAAUCAGACUGUUGACUGGUGGGUCAUACCUGAGGAUACCGAUCUCCUCUUUCGAUCCAAAAAAGUAAAGGGCCAUCCGGUCUUUGGUGGUUUUGGAUGGGCUCGUAAACCGAUGCCUAGGUAAGUUUCGGAAAAUCGCAAUGCUCUAAAUACACUCCUGCCUUAAUGAAUCUGUCUCACCCUAUCUGAGGUUGUUUGUUAUUUUUCCACUUAAUGGCUUACAUCCCUUCAGUGAUCAGCUGUGUACGGAAUGUUAAAUCCACUUCAGUUAUUUCAGACCAUUGUGAUUAAGAAAACGCACAGAACAGUCAGUAUAAGGAGAAACGCGUGAGGUUUCACGAUCACUAUUCAGUCAGACGGGAGGUGAAAGCAUCGAACUCGAACCGCUAAUCAGUCUUGACUUGGAGCGCUGUUGUUUAUAUCGGGACUUUUGCAGGACAAAACAACGUGAAUUCUUAGUUCAUUGUGACUGUUAGUUAUCAUAAAAUCUACCGAAUCACUGAAUAACGGUUGUAACUGAACUAAGGGGGUGUAAAAAUAUAACAAGUAGCCUUCGCUGAACUGGUGGACUUCCUCGUAUGGAAAUGAUCACGCCAUUCUCCGGUCUACUAAUACCCAUUGUCGAAGUUUGGCUCCCAAGGGCACAAGGCCAGAGAAAAUGGGUAAGGGCUAGGGAGAGAGAAAGAGAAAGAUGGAUACCAGGCAACGCUUAAGUUACUGUUUUAGCAUAUAAGUAAUAUAUAUUUUUUGGGACUAGUGCCAACUAAGAAAACAUACAAUUAGAGUAGAGAGAGAAACAAUGGAGGAGUCGAUUGUCAGAUUGACAAACUGUUGAUGCUGACGCCGACUUAGCAACAUUUAGGCAGAUCGACGUCAUUGGCAUUCCAGCAACUUCCCCGACCGCGCUGAAUACCGGGUGCUAAAACGCACUUCGCACAAGAUGGACCGGUAGGGACGGAGGUACAGAGAGAAUAGUGGUUUCAGUUUGCUCAUGUCAUCUUUAGCUAUUCAUCUGACUAACCGACAUCUGGAGCUCGGAAGCAUGGUGGUGACCCCGUAACUAAAUGCGGAAUCCAUGAGCUGCCAUUGUAGGGGCGAUAGCGCUAUUUUGAAAUUUGAUGUGCACAAUCACAGCUAAAUUUAACAGCUCCGCAGGCAAUUGCAAUGUACUCGAAUAACAGGCUGUAUGAACAUUACGAAGGCCAUGUUCCCUGCUCUUCAGUUUAGCAACUGCGUAAGCAAUCAAUCACUCAUACUACUUAUUACUGGCGUUUCAUUGAAGCUCAUCAUUCCCACGUUCUUUUUACUUUUUUCAUAGUGGUUACCGACCAUAUGUCACCUUCUGGUACGAAGGUGAUAUCGGGUGGGCUGAUCAGGUGUUCGACAACUUCACUGAUACCGGACCGCAUACAAAGUAUUUAGAGACGUAUAAGCUGCCCGAAGAGUGCUACACCGCCUUGACCUGCCUAUACGACUAA